AAAAUCGAUUUUAAUGAAGACAGUCUCGGUUUAUGUUGUGAAAAGUUUAGUCAUGUUAAAUUUCAUGUUAGAAAUUUGUGUAUAAAAAAGAAUUUAAUAAUUAAACAUAAAACGAGUGAUUGAAUGAUGAACGUAACAAGACGAUGGAUGUUAAAUGCAUUUUCAUCAUUGUCUUCACAUUAGUAUUAAUAAAUCAUCAAGAAGUCGACAGCAGAUUAAAUCCUAAUGCAAUUUGUCUUUGCGAGACUUUUGAUGACAUAAAUAACGCUGAGCUUUUCGAAUUUGUCGUAAGAAAUCCCCAUAUGGUGAACAAGGGAAAUUUUCAGCGUAUUUUAACGUCACAAAGUUUGAAGAAGGCACAUCCAUUACAUUGGAGACGAAAUCGUAUUUCUUAUUCUCAUCCUCGAUUUCAAUUACUUUUCAUGAGAUCUGCGAGUCAUCAGCAAUGCAAAUUCAACAUCAUUUCAAUGUGA